AUGGCGACCGCCUCCACCUCCACCUCCACCUCCGACGCCGUCUUGGACAGAGCUCCAGAGAUCGCAGAGACCGAGCCGUUGCUCUCAACACACAACCCUGUGAGGGAUGGUGAGCGUCGGACUCGUGUCCAAUUCAGAAUUGCUGCUGCUAUGUACUCGUUUCUCGUCCUGGGGAUCCUUACUUCGACCAUUGGCGUUAUGAUACCAAGGCUUGAAGCGGAGUAUCAACUCAGUGACAUUAAAGUCUCUCUGAUUUUUCUCGUCAAUCCUAUUGGAUACCUAACUGCAGCGUCUCUCAAUAGCAAGAUUCAUUUGAACUUUGGGCAAAGGGGUAUCGCUCUGAUUGGCCCUAUUGCCCAUCUGAUGUUCACGCUCACGGCCUCUUUUCAUCCAAACUUUCACGUCUUGUUAGCGGCCUUCGCGGUGGCUGGAUUUGGACUUGGACUCCUCGAUGGUUCUUGGUGUGCAUGGGCCGGAGCCAUGGAAAAUGCGAAUACGGUGUCAGGUUUCCUGCAUGGUUCGUAUUCGCUUGGUGCGAGCCUUGGCCCUUUCCUUGCAGGCACUCUUCUCUCACAGGGUCAUGCCUGGUACUAUUGGUAUUCUGUGCUUGUAGGUCAUGGCCCCGGUGUGAUCUAG